AUGGACUUCUACACUCAGCGUUGCUAUGUACCCUCGGCUUUGACUCGCCGCAUUAUUGGGAAGGUCUACAUCGGACUAUGUAUCUCAUACCCCUCACACCUUUGGUCUACAUGCAUCCAUGUUGGCGAUUACGAACAUUACGACCGAACGGGGCAUGCGGCCAUCAGGCGUGCCCAUAUGGCCAUCAAGCUUGUGAGGUGCCACGGGGCCUCGCCUGCGAGGCCCCACCAUGGCGCCACCUCAUGGCGCCGCCGGAAUGUGUGGCAGAACAGCGGCUCGGAGGGGUCUCCGACCUGCAGGGCAGCGACGGCACCGCGAGGGACGCCUCCCGGGCGCCGAACGCGACAGGGUGUGUAA